AUGGCUGGAAUAGAAGGACAAAACGAGAAUGAUGUGAGUGAUAGUAUGAGAAUAAUGUUAGCCAUUCAGGAUAUGGCCUCUGCUAUUCGUGAGACAAAUAACCACGAACCCCAUCAUGAAACUCAAGAUGAUCAAAUAAUGAGGAUCCAAGGAGAAUUUCGAAAGACACGGCCACCUGUGUUCAAGGGUGAUCCAAACCCUAUGGUAGCAGAGGAAUGGUUAAGACAAAUGAGGAGAAAGAUGAAUGAACAAAGAGUUCCUGAAAACCUGAAAGUAACCAUUGCUUCUACCUAUCUGGAAGGACAAGCUUAUCAUUGGUGGGAAUUUGUCUUGGCUAUGCCUGAUGUUGAGAUUGCAACUUGGGUUGCCUUUGAGAUGAUAUUUCUGGAAAAAUAUUUUCCUGAAACUAUGAAAACCAUGAAGGUACGCGAGUUCACUAAUCUUUAUCAAGGUGAUAUGACUGUGGGACAAUAUCAAGCUAAGUUUGAAGAACUGAUGCAUUUUGCUCCUUACAUAAUUCCUGAUGAGUCUGCAAAAGCGAAGAAAUUUGAAGAAGGGUUGAGACUAGAGGUCAAGGAGAAAGUGAAACUUUUUAAGUUAAAGAAAUAUGCUGAAGUUGUUGAUCGUGCCUUAAUGGCCGAACAAAGAAUACUUG